CCCGAGUGACGUCUGUUGUUUUGCUACAGAUUAGCGCGCGGCUAACUGCUAUCUAGUUUCUUUAUACAAGUUAUUGGAUGUUGCUUUGACUAACUUGUAUAAAUGAUUCGAUUAUCCGUGUGGAUGUAAAUGUAGACAUGAAUGGGAGUACGAACCCGCUGCUGGAUAAAGAGGAGCAUGUUUUAAAGCUCGGGGAGAGCUUUGAGAAGAGGCCCAAAUCUUCCUUUCACACAAUCAGAUAUGAUUUCAAACCUGCUUCUAUUGACACCAGCUGUGAGGGGGAGCUGCAGGUGGGCAAAGGAGAUGAAGUGACCAUAACACUACCUCACAUACCAGGAUCCACUCCUCCCAUGACAGUGUUCAAAGGGAACAAACGGCCCUAUCAGAAAGACUGUGUCCUCAUUAUUAACCACGACACUGGAGAGUUUGUGCUGGAGAAACUGAGCAGCAGCAUCCAAGUCAAGAAAACAAGGGCGGAGGGCAGCAGUAAGAUCCAGGCCAGGAUUGAGCAGCAGUCGGUGCGCUCCAGUCAGCCCAGCUCUCAGUUCAGAGCCCCCACCAAACCUGGGGCUGGGGUCAAGAUGUCCCCUUCCCCGUCCAAAGACAACCCAUCCCCAGAACCACAGCUCGAAGACAUCAAGAGAGAGCUGCGUGCUGAGGUGGAGGUGAUCGAGCAGAUGAGCAGUAGUGGCAGUAGCACUUCCGACUCAGCUAGUGGUUCUGGAAGUGACAACGACAGCUCCAGCAGUGACGGAGAACACAAUCCUCCCAGACCACCACUGCUCAGCCACACCUCCCCCACACGGCCCCUGGUGGCCAACGGGCAGGGCAACAACCAGCUUAUCAACACACUCCGAAAUGAUCUGCAGCUGAGUGAGUCUGGUAGUGACAGUGAUGAUGACUGACCUCUUGGACCACCCCUCCACCCUUCCCCCCGCCCAGCCCCUCCCAGGACGUCUGUAACAUCUCCCUGAGGCCUCUUACUCUUUAUUAGAUGUAUAUUUUUAUUGCGCGUAUGGUUUGAGAUAUCAAAAUAUUUUAGUGCACUUGUAUAUUUUCAGUACUUAGAGCAGCUAGUUUAUUUUUUACCCAUAUCAUAUAUUUUAUGUUUUGGAAAUAGCAAAAAAGAAUUAUUGGAAGCUUUUUUAGAUGUUUACAAUUGAUUAAACACAAUACAGACUUGAGACUCGUUUUGACAGGACCUGAAGCCCAACUGCUUUAUCAAUAUUUAAUAGUUAAUACUAAUUUACAAUCCUGGAAGAAGUUGAAUUUUAUGCUUAAUGCCAUGAAUUAUGAAGAAAUAUAAUUAGAGUGUAAUGAAAUACAUUAAAUUACAAUUUUGUAAACAAUUUAAAAUUUGAGGCAAGAAAUAUGGGACAAAAUAUGAUAUCUAUACUGUAAUAAUAUAAUUACUAAUUAUAUUGAAAUUCAAAGUGCAUGUGACAGGUUUUCAGGUAUUUUUUUCCCCCUUGUUAACAUUAUGGUUGCCAGGUAACAGGUAACAUUACCACUGUAAUGUACAUCUGUCUUUAUGUUGCUUGUGUCCAACUGGGAAGUAACUUACUUUAAAAAAAAAUAAAAAAUUUAAUUACAUUUUAAUAACAUUAAAUGUAGUGAUGUUAACUAUGCUUUAAUGAAAUUAGUAGUGUAACCUGUCAUAUGCACUUUAAGUCAAAAUGUAAAAAUAUAACAUUGUACAAAUCAACAUAUAACACUCAUAUUACAGUUGAUUUUCUCAAAUAUUUCGUUUCUGUGGCCAUAAUCCUCUUCAGACUGGAAUAAGCUAUUUGAGUCAAUGUGAACCAACGGUUGAAUGUAUGACAUUUUAAUCUACAGUACCAAAUGUCUCUGUAAUCUGCUCUAAUGCACUGUCAUAGACACACUCACAGCGCUUACUUUUACAUCAGUAUGUCAGAUCUUUGGUGAGAUAUGAUGGAGGUGAACGUAGAGCUUUUUGAAAAAUGGUUAAAGAGAUGGAAGAUAGUAAUUGUACUACUUAAUGUAAUACUACUAUAUUAAUAGUAAUAGUAAUAGUAAUACUAAAAUAGUAGAAGUUGGACAACAUUGUAAAGGCGACUUUAUUAAAAGAGCUGGUCACAACAGACUCUUUGACUUUUCACAUACACAGUUGUGACAUCUUUCUCAUUACUAACCUUUCUUAAAGGUGUACCAUGCUACUUUUCUGGUGGAGGAAUACCACCUGCUUGUCUUCGUGGAGUUUAAUCCCAUGUGGGGGAACAUUGUUGGCGAAUCAAUAACAAUCCUGUGGCAGAUGCUCCAUCAGAAGUUAGGCUUUGUACCUUUAAAAUUGUCCCUUGAUAGUGAAAAUUUUAUAUUAUUAUUAUUAUUAUUAUUAUUAUUAUUACUACAUAUCUCCUCCAUCUUGAACUGAAUGUGACACAAAACCAAAGAUCAUUGUUUCACCAGUAUAAGUACGAUCUGGCCUGUCACGUGUUAUACUCUCUUAUACUCUGCAUGUUGGGUUCUUUCUGUCUGUAAUGUUGACCACCAUUUUCAAUAACUACAGGUAUUUCUUUUGAAAAGGCCAUAAGCUAGAGUUUGUUUGUUUUUUAUCAGGUUGUAUCAUUAAAUAGGUUCAUGUUUUACAGUGUUGUCAUAAAAUGUUACGAGGUUUAUUGUUUUGAAUUCUGUGUGAAGUGUGGCGUUUUCA